AUGGCGACCAGCCCCCUACCCAGCCCCACCGACAUCUUGCUGCCCUCUCCGUCCAGCGCUUACCCGCCGGACCCCAUGAACCAACCGAGGGCCGGUCACGCCGACAUGAAGCCCAACCAAGUGGGGCAGGUGAUCCUCUACGGCAUCCCUAUCGUCUCCUUGGUGAUCGACGGGCAGGAGAGGUUGUGCCUGGCGCAGAUCUCCAACACCCUCCUCAAAAACUUCAGCUAUAACGAGAUCCACAACCGGCGGGUGGCUCUGGGCAUCACCUGCGUGCAGUGCACGCCGGUGCAGCUGGAGAUCCUCCGGCGGGCCGGGGCCAUGCCCAUCUCCUCUCGCCGUUGCGGUAUGAUCACCAAGCGGGAAGCGGAGAGGCUCUGCAAGUCCUUUUUGGGGGAGAACCGACCCCCCAAACUGCCGGAUAACUUCGCUUUCGACGUGUCUCACGAAUGUGCCUGGGGAUGCCGCGGGAGCUUCAUCCCGGCCCGUUACAACAGCUCCCGGGCCAAGUGCAUCAAGUGCAGCUACUGCAGCAUGUACUUCUCCCCCAACAAGUUCAUCUUCCACUCCCACCGCACCCCCGACGCCAAGUACACCCAACCCGACGCCGCCAACUUCAACUCCUGGCGCCGUCACCUCAAGCUGACCGACAAAAGCCCCCAGGACGAGCUGGUCUUCGCUUGGGAGGAUGUCAAGGCCAUGUUCAACGGCGGCAGCCGCAAGCGGGCCCUGCCGCCCGCUCCCCCCGCCGCCUCCGUCUGCCACCCGCUGGGCUCGGUGAAGGCAGCGGCCGCGGUGGUGGGCGGUGGGUUGCUGAGCCCACACCUCCUGGCCGCCCCCCCGGAGCUGCACCAGAAGCGGCCGCGCUUCGAGGAGGACGAGGAGCUGCAGGAGGCGGUGGCAGCGGCUCACGGCGGCAAGAGCCCGCGGAGCUACCCCGUCAUCCCGGUGCCCAGCAAGGGCUCCUUCGGCGGCGUGCUCCAGAAGUUCCCCGGCUGCGGGGGGCUCUUCCCUCACCCUUACAGUUUCCCCGCCGCCGCCUUCGGCUUCUGUCACAAGAAGGAGGAGAGCGGUGGCGGGGCCGACGGCCUCGGCGGAGAGGCGCCACACAAGACCGGCGCGGGGGGAGCGGCGGGCGGCGGCCUCUCGGGGCUCUUCUGGCCGGGCAGGAAGGACGCCGCCUUCUACCCGCCCUUCUGCAUGUUCUGGCCGCCCCGCACACCGGGCGGGCUGCCGGUACCCACCUAUCUGCAGCCGCCGCAGCAACCCCCCGGCGCCCUGGGCUGCUCGUUGGGCGACGGGGCGGGCCUGCUGCGCCAGGCUUUCCUGGACCUCUCGGAGUCCGGCGGUGAGGCGGGGGCCUCGGGCGGAGCGGAACCCGCCUCACCUGCCGCUUCCGAAGGGGGCAGCGGCAGCGGUAGCGGGCGGGUCCCUCCACACCACCCGUACCUGCUGGAGGCGGCGGCCGGGCGGAAAACGGGAGGUGGGUACCACCACUCCAGCGCCUUCCGACCGGUAGGCGGCAAGGAGGACUCGGAUAGCCUGGCCAAGCUGCACGGAGGCGGCCUGUCCCGCACCGCCUCCCCGCCGCUGCAGCUGCUGCUGCUGCCGCCGCCGGCACCCGAGGAGGCGGGAUGCGAACAGCACCCGCUCCCCCCCCCCGCACCCCCCUCACCCUUCGCCAGCGAGGACAGCAGCGAGGAGGAGGAAGAUGAGGAGGAGGACGAGCCCGAGGUGGACGUCGAGGGGCACAAGCCCCCCGAGGAGGAGGAAGACGAGGAGGAGGGCGAGGAAGAACCCCGCGGCGGAGACCCUUUGGCGUCUGGCGGCCGCUUCCCACCUGCCCGGGUUCUGUCGGAAAAGGGAGGUCGGGACCGCCCCGCCGCCGGCCCCUUCGCCCGGCCGCCCGCUGAGGAGAAGUCGGGGGAAGGUCAGGCCCCUCCGCUACCGCCUCCCGGACCCCCCCGGGCGGGCAGCGGUUGCAGCAGCCCGGCGAACCAUCCGUCCCUGGAAGAGCAACCCUCCUACAAAGAUAAUCAGAAGAGCAAGGAGAGUAAUCAAGUCAUUUUGCCUACGAAAGAGGACACCUUUUCAGAUAAGAACAAGGAGCAUAAUUUUUUCAUCACAGAUUCAGAGCCUUCAGGAGGAGACUUCUGGAGAGGUAUAGCAGGGGAACACAUGCAAGAAACCAAUUCACCUCAUUCACUGAAGAAGGAUGUAGAAAACAUGGGGAAAGAGGAGCUCCAAAAGGUUUUGUUUGAACAGAUUGACUUACGGAGGAGACUAGAACAGGAAUUCCAGGUGUUGAAAGGAAACACAUCUUUCCCAGUCUUCAAUAAUUUUCAAGAUCAGAUGAAGCGGGAACUGGUGUACAGAGAAGAAAUGGUACAGCAGCUACAGAUUAUUCCCUAUGCAGCAAGCUUGAUCAGGAAAGAAAAGCUCGGUGCACACCUCAGCAAAAGCUAA